CUAAUCUAGAAAAGGGAAGCCAUACCGGUGCGUAAAACGUGAAAAGUUGCUGACGCAAACAAGUGACGGUUACUCAUUGUUGAUUCUGUGAUGGAGAAAAUCCUUCGAGGCAUCUUGAAGUACAAAGCUAACGCCCAGGGUAACUUCUUGGUACGAUGGGCCAACAAAGCGGAAAAGCUACCCGUAAAGCCGCCUAUACUCUUUGUUUCCUGCAUCGACUCUCGCAUUCUGCCGACGCAUUUCUGCCAGACGAGCCCAGGUGACAUGUUCAUCCUGCGAAACGCCGGUAACGUGCUUCCUCGAGCCAACUACAGUGAGGGAGAACCGACGCAACUGAGUUGCGAGGUCGUAGCUCUUGAAAUUACAUGCAAUCGUUCAAAGGUUGAACACGUUGUUAUAUGUGGGCACUCGGACUGCCAGGCGCUGUAUGCAGCUUACAAACACUACACAGAAGAAGAGGAAACGUCAGCGCCCCUCAAACGAGUCAGUGAGAUCAUUCAUGGCUGGUGUCGGACCCACGGCGUGGAAGCCAGCCUCAACAAAGUGCAAGACACCAGCAAUAGAACCAGCAAGGGUGCCGCGUUUAAGUUUAACAUCGGAUCAACGCCACAAGAGGUCUUCAUUGACCCCAAAAACGAGAUGGCAUUAUUGGACAAAUUAUCGCAGGUCAACGUCCUGCAGCAGCUGGAGCAUCUGUCAUCCUAUCGUUCCAUUAGUAAACGUGUCGAUAGCGGGCAACUCUCGGUUCACGGAAUGUGGUAUGACGUCAGCGAGGACAAGAUCUACUGGUUCAGUCGACAGCGCAAGGGCUUCAUCGAAAUCUGCGCAGACACGAUCGAGGAGAUCAUCGCGUCGUGUAAGAGAACAGUUCGUCCAGAGGAGGAGCAGGGUGAUUUAGGUUUUAAGAAACCAGAAUCUGUUGGGACUGCGAUAGAAUAAGCCCAAGGGAUUCUUCCACACCUUCCUACUGUCUGAAAUGGAUCUGCACAGGUGGUCAACCCUUAUGCUGUGAUCGUUCUAUAUCGUCCACUGUAGUUUUAAGUGAUACAUGCACUGUGCUAUCCUGCAAUGUAAUGUGAUCUAUAGAGAUUGUUAGCCCUCCCACUUUGUGAUCCCCCUUUAUCAUCCACUGUUUUUAGUGAUACACGCACUCUGACAGUCUGCAAUAUCAUGUGAUGAAUUGAUAUAUACAGAUAGUUAACCCUCCCACUGUUUGAUCAUUGGAUAUCACCCUAGAAUAUCACCCAUGGUUUUGAGAGAUAGAUGCAUUAUGCCAGUUUACAGUAUCAUAAUAUGAUGAAUGGAUACACGGUAAAUAGUCAGCCAUCAUCCACUGUGGUUUUGAGUGAUAGAUGCACUGUGCUAGUCUGCAAAAUCAUGUCAUGAAUUUAUCUACAUCUAUACAGAUAGUUAACCAUCCCCCUGUUUGAUCAUUCUAUAUCAUCAUCUGUGGUUUUGAGUGAUAGAUGCACUGUGCUAGUCUGCAAAAUCAUGUGAUGAAUUGAUCUAUACGGAUAGUUAACCCUCCCACUCUGUGAUCGUUUUAUAGCAUCCACUGUUUUUAGUGUCGCAUGCACUGUGCUAGUCUGCAAAAUCAUGUGAUGAAUUGAUCUAUACGGAUAGUUAACCCUCCCACUCUGUGAUCGAUUUAUAGCAUCCACUGUUUUGAGUGUCGCAUACACUGUGCCAGUCUGCAAUAUCAUGUGUUGAAUCGAUCUACAUUUAUACAGAUAGUUAACCCUUCCACUGUUUGAUCAUUCUAUAUCAUCAUCUGUGGUUUUGAGUGAUAGAUGCACUGUGCUAGUCUGCAAAAUCAUGUGAUGAAUUGAUCUAUACAGAUAGUUAACCCUCCUACUCUGUGAACACUCAAAAUCUUCCACCGUGGUUGGUGCUAGUCUGCAAUAUAAUAUGAUGGACUACCUAACUAAAUGUAUAAUUGAAGCCCAGACCUAAUAGUUGCAACCUUGUGUGAUAUGAAACUCGGUCCAAAUAUAAUCACAGUCGUAUACAUAAAAAUGUAGUCCAUACCUAAAUUGAACCCCAACUGUGUACCUUAAAGGAUUCGGGUACUUUUUCAAAAUGUCCACAGAUUUACAUUAAACUUACAGGGUUUGAAGAUAAUGAU